UGAAACUGCAAGGCAAACAACGACACUCAGAAUGCCUUUUCAACCAGCGAUUUCCUACGAUUCCGAUCUCAAAGUCUGGAGUGGAGAUCAAGUAAUGCACUACUUCGACCCACACCUAUCCAUCGGAGAGAUCAUUUUCCACGAGAUGCGAAGGCAUCCCAAGCUCAUUGCUCAGAUCUCCGCCACGGAAAACACAGUACUCACCAGAGAGGAACUUCAUGCGAAUUCCAUGCACGUUGCCAGCUAUAUGAGAUCUAUGGGUCUACUCCAGUCCGAUGUGGUUGGCAUUAUCGCCAGGAAUACCACCCAUAUUUUCGCAGUGACCUAUGCCUGCUUCUUCAACGGAAUCGCCUUUCAUUCCCUAAACAUCGCUUACGAAGAGAACACCAUUGAGAAAUUAUUUGACAUAACCAAGCCCAAGUUAAUAUUCUGUGAUGGAGAUGAAUUCGAUAAAGUUCGAGCUGCCACCGUUCACCAGAAUGUAAAAAUCAUCACCAUGCGUAAUCAUCCCACUGGAUCUAUAACUAUAAAUCAGGUCCUGGCCACCCCAAUCGAGGAUAACUUCCUGCCAUCCCAACUGGAACAGGGUAACGAUCAGACCCUGGCCAUUCUCUGCUCCUCGGGCACCACUGGUAUACCAAAGGCUGUUACCAUAACGAACAGUCGACAGAUUUUAGCUGCCAGCUUCCGCUUGACAACCGACGACGUUCAGUUCACCCAAAGCACUUUGGACUGGAUAACCGGACUGCUGACCACGAUAACCUCGGGGGUGUUCAGCACAAAACGCAUCAUAUCGGAUAAUGCUUUCGAUGCUGCCCUUUUCAUGCGACUCGUCGAGGAAUAUAAGAUCACCUGGACCAUUCAGGCACCCGCCCAUAUGGCCAUGAUGGUGAACUGUCCCUCAUUCGAAACCUCUGAUCUUUCGAGCUUGCGUUAUUAUCUUUUUGGAGGAUCGAGAGCCUCGGUGGAGACUCAGCAUCUGAUCAGGAAUCGUUUAAGUAGUAACUGCCUGCACUUCGCUUACGGAUUCACGGAGCUGGGUGCCAUGGCAUCGAUUAACUUCCACUUUGACGAGAAACCCAAUUCCGUGGGUCGGCUGGUCAGUGGGAUUAAGCUGAAGAUAGUCAGUGAGCAGGGCGAGUCCCUGGGUCCAGACGAGGUGGGGGAGAUUUGCAUACAUAACGGCCAGUAUUGGGCCGGGUACUACGGCAAUCCGGCGGAGACCCACUUGAUGCGGGACUCCCAAAUGUGGUUCCAUAGCGGAGACCUUGGCUACGUUGACGACGAUGGAUUUAUCUAUAUAGUGGAGCGGAAAAAGGAUAUGCUAAAGUAUCAGAACAUCAUGUACUAUCCCAACGAGGUUGAAAGUGUCAUCUCUGAAAUGCCGGACGUGGUGGAGGUCUGUGUGUUCGGGGUUUGGGAUCAGAUCUAUGGCGAUGAGGCUGCUGCUGCUGUCGUGAAGAAACAAGGCAGCUCUCUUAGGGCCCAGGAUGUGGUGGACUACGUAGCGGAACAUAUAAAGGCCAAGUAUAAGCAAUUGAACGGAGGAGCCAUAAUCGUUGAGGACCUCAAACGCAGUCCCAAUGGGAAAACCAACAGAAUGGCUAAUAAAGCGCAUUUCCUGGAGGUCAAGAACUCUAGUUAAUGGCUGACAUUGGAUCAAGUUUUGUUUCGUUUUAUCAUUUGAUUACAAAGUAGAACAAUUAAAAGUAAGAAAUAUAGAUUUUA